CAGAGCUGCUGGCUGUGCGCUGUUACAGUCAAAAUGAAAAAUAAAUCUACCAAUCUGCGUGUGCGGCUCCCUGCACUAAUUUUUGCAUUGGAGGUCAUGAUUGUUGUUCUCUAUGCAUUCUUUGUGACAUAUGAAGAUGAUGCUAAUGCACUUCUACAGAACAACCAGACACAGCCCAUGGAGAACUCAUUGUAUCAGAACUAUCCAUUUUUUGCUGACAUUCAGGUGAUGAUAUUUCUCGGAUUCGGCUGCCUUCUGGCAUUUUUACGGCGCUAUGGAUUUGGUGGAAUGGUGUUUAACUUCCUAAUCGCCACAUUUACCAUUCAGUGGGCCAUUCUGGUGCAGGGCUUCUUUCAGUUUUACUAUGAUGGGAAGAUUCAUCUUGGUGUGCUGAAUCUGAUCAAUGCCGAGUUUGCUUGUGCUGUUGUGCUGAUUUCUUUUGGAGCAGUGUUGGGGAAGACGAGCCCUGUGCAACUCCUGAUCAUGGCCUUGCUGGAGAUCCCUGUGUUUGGUAUCACAGAAUGGGCUGUAGUGAAAUACCUGAAGAUCAACGAUGCCGGUGGCUCCAUCCUCAUCCAUAUUUUUGCCUGCUACUUCGGACUGGGUGUCACCUUUGUCCUGUACAGGCCCAGCCUAAACGAGGGACACCCAAAAGAGGUGACAAGCUAUCAGUCAGAUGUGCUAUCUGUAAUGGGAACCCUGUUCCUCUGGGUGUUCUGGCCCUCUUUCAACUCAGCGUUGACCUUCAAAGGUGACGACCAGCACCGAGCCGUUCUCCACACGUUCAUAGGUCUCAGUGCCUCCACAAUCACCGCCUUCGCCCUGUCCCGCAUGCUCAGCAAGAACGGCAAGAUCAGCAUGGCCGAUGUACAGAACGUAACAUUGGCCGGUGGAGUAACUGUCGGUGCUUCGGUGGACAUGAUGAUUUCGCCGGUCGCUGCUUAUGUGCUUGGCAUCUUGGGAUGCAUUGCGUGCAUGCUGGGGUACAAAUACCUGAGCCCGUUCCUGGCGCGCCGGCUGCGGUUGCAGGAUCAGUGCGGCAUACACAACCUGCACGGCCUGACGGGACUCAUUUCCAGCCUAGCUGGAAUCUGCGGCAUCCUGCUGGCGACCGAGGAAACGUAUGGCCCCAGUCUCUACCAGACCUUCUCUCACCGGGCCCCUCCAGAAGGAGACCCUCUACUAGCGAGGUUGCAGGAAUUGAUCCCGGAUCUGGAAGCUGGUUUGGGUCGGACCGCACAGGAACAGGCCCUCUUUCAGGUGGCUGCUGUGUUCGGGACUAUUGCGGUGGCAGCAGUGGGGGGUUUGCUGACUGGUGUGGUACUCAAGCUACCAUAUCUGGCUUCCCCCAGUGAUGAGAAAUGCUUUGAUGAUGAGCUCUUCUUUAAUGUUCCUCCAGACUACAACUGUGUAAACGGUCCGCAGGACGUAUGGUCCUAUGUUCUCAGAGACACAAACAAAACUGAUGCUGACUGAAGCAAGAAAAAUACUGAGCAUCAGUAUGAGGAAUAAAUGUCAAUGUAGGACUGUUGUGAACUUCAGAACUGCUAACUGUGAUUGUAUUGACCCAAAAAAUAGUUUAUUUUAAUAUUUGAUAGGAUGAGGUUUGUAUACUGUGUAUCAAAAUAUAUA